AUGGGAGAAUACAGCAUAAAUGAUAUAUCACAAGAACUCGCCAAGCAUUUGGAUUUUUCAGAGACUAGCACAGAGGCAGUACAUGAAAGAGGUCCAGAACAAUGUCGAAAAUGUAACGAACAAAAUGGAAGGAAUAAAACAGUCCUUAGAACAUCCUCGAAGGAACUUUAUGAGGCCGCUCAUCAUUUGGACGCUUUAUAUAAUAAGAUAGAUGCUUUAGAAUGCUUUGUCAACAUAGUAAAACAAACAGUUAACGAUGUAACAAACCGUGUAGAAGAAGCCGAAGCAUUCGUUACUAAUCCUAUUAAUCUUGUCUUAGAUACUUUAAAAAUAAACACAGCCAAGUCAAUAGAACCUUCUGAUUUAAAACUCCCUCCAAUGCGAUCAUUGAAUAUUUAUCGUACAUCAGAUUAUUUCCCUCCAGAAGCCGAAACCUCUGAACAACUAUAA